AUGUCAACGCAUUGCCAUGAGAGCCAAAACGCUACGCGACAAGAUGGACCUCCAUUCCACGAAACGACCGUUCUUCAUCCUGUGUUGACAGUUCGCAAUCCACGCUUGAUGCCGGAGAUCAUGGCUUCCAUACAGAAAGGAUUUUUCCAGGUGGACAGAAAAUGGACCUGCUACCGCCGAAAUUACUUUGCAGUACAGUGUUCUUUCGGGUUCAGAAAUGGCACCGUGGACGGGCCAUUCUAUCUCAGCAGGAAUGGCUCGGAGGAAUUGAUCCAGCAGUUUGCCGUAUCAAUCACCGCAAAGACCGCCAUGACCAGUAAUGGUGAAAGUGAGGCUCGAGGUCUUGUUCAGCAUACCCCCAAACGGGACAAGGCAACAGAGUCAGUUCCUGGUCGCCACCCAAUUGCGCCUUCGCCCCACCAUCAGAUUGGUGCAAAUGGCGCAUAUUCGAGCACCGGACAUAUGUAUGGAGGACCAAACCAUCUCCAUUCUAGUAUCAUGGGGACCUUUUCGGGCUUCGAAAAUCCCGGCGCGAAUUCGAUUCCGACCUCACAUACGUUCGAGAGAAUCCAGUUUCAGAAAGCUACCGCCAACAACGGCAAACGGCGAGCACAACAACAAUAUUUUUUGGUGGUGGUCGAGCUUUCUGCCAAUAUUGGGAGGCAGGGUACCGAGAACUGGGUCGUGAUAGCAACUAAAGAAUCCGACCCUAUGGUGGUGCGUGGCCGAUCCCCUGGUCAUUACAAGGACAAUGGGCGGCGAGACAGUCAGGCUAGUAUGGAUCCCGACCGCGGAACUGGGCAUGGGUCAGACGGACAUGCCGGUCCACUCUCGUCAGGGAGCUACGGGCAUACUCAUACAUCAAUGGACUGGAUGGGGAGUCAUCGACAGGGCGGCCAUUUCGGGGGAUCCAGCUACCGCCAUGCAUCUACCUCUCGCUUCUCUCCGGCGAGUUUGGUUUCAAGCACCCUGGCUGGAACGCCAACAGACGUAGAGGUCAGCCUCUGCGACUCCCAUACGGCAAAGUCCUCUUGCACUCUGUCGUCGGACCGAUCUGCAUUGACCCCAAUGUCGGAACGGAGUGAAGAUCCUAUGUUCAGUAGCCUUGACCGCGAGACCACAGGUCGGAAGAGGCCUUUCGAGGACGACGGAGAAGAGGAACAUAUGCGCUUCCCAUUACCAGGGCCAUUCACUGACAGCAUGGCAACGCUUGUCGACUUCUCGGCCACGCCGUACUCGAAACUUUUAUGUGCAUCAUCGUGA